UUUUGGCUUGAGACCACAGCGAUCAAGCACUGCUGCUAGCUGGGGGAUAGGUGCGUGCCCUCGUCUCGCGCUCCUCGCCGGCGGCAGCGCUGGCUACAUCGCAUUGUGCCUGGGCGAGCUCCAGGGCCCUUCGGCUACCGCGUGGACGCGAUGGUCUCCUUGGGCGUGCUGCCGUCGCUCGAGGGGCCGUGGGGCCGUGAUAAGACAUUGAAGCGACACGCGCCUGGUCAGGCCCUGGAGCAGGAGGCGCUCAGUGGCGUGCUCACGCAGCUCGGCGGCGCCGAGCCUGCCCCGAUGCCCCUCUCGGCGGCGCUGCCGCCGUCGCUCGAGGCUGUGGGGGCCGUGGACGGAGAGUGAGGCGGCACGCGCCUGGGCAGGUCUGGAGCAGGGCGGGCGUCCUCGCGCAGCUCGGCGGCGCCGAGCCCACCUCGAUGCCCGCCUUGGCGGGGCGCGGCCGCCGCACGGUGUGCGCGGCCCGGCCGUCGGAGGGGCCCGCCUCGGCGGGGAGGGCGGGGAUGAGGGCGACCGUGCACGGUCAUCCACCCCUCGUUCUAUCUCUUCUUCAAUGUGCUCCUUCGGAGUUUCGCCAUGAGCCUCGCUCCUGGCGAUGAGGUCGGGAGGCGCGUCAGCCGCAGGUGGCGGCAGGGAGUGCGGCGGUCUCUGGUGCGGCGUCCGCGUCUCUCUCGGCAGCUUGGAGGCGAGGGCGGCGUCCAGCCCACCUCGAAUGCCGUGGCCACCCUCCAGGAGGAGUGCAGCCGCUUGUCGGCGAGAGUGGGAGAGAUUGUGGAAGAGUGCGCUGCGAAGCUGGCCGCCGACGGCAUCUUGGUCACUGAGUUCACUUCCACUGUGAAGGCCAGGUGUACCUGGCCUCGGAUCCCUGCGUUGCCUUCUGCGGCUGAUGGCACUGAGGCGGCAGCCAGGCUGGGUUGACGAACUGCUCUCGGGAGCCUGGCGACCUGUGCGAGCACUGCGCACAACGGGCGCCCCCUUCGGCGGAGUUGGGGGCAUGGGCUGGGCUGGUGGGGUGCUCCCCUCCGGCCGCCUCGGGUCCGCCCGGAGAUUCGGAGCAGGACGCUCCCCCUCCAGGUGGGUUGAUGACCAGG